ACUAAAGACGGACAUAUGAAGGGGGAGUACAGCCACGCCGCCGCCAUCACAGUCCAAUCCACCGCCGACCCUUCAGACUACGACGAAGAUUUCGACCCAGAAAGCUACCAUCGUUAUUGCCAACAAUACCAGUCCUACGACCACCACGACGGCUGGAUUACAACUGCCGGGUACAAAAUGGCCGAAGACGGCGGCAACGACAACGAGGCUUUCAGCAGCGACAACGAGGCUGUUUCUAGAACUACAACGACGACGAUGAUUACGACAUCGAUGGCAGCGUCUACUACUACUACUACUACCGAUACUUCCCAUACUACCCGGAUUUACCACCCGGUUUGGAACGAAGGGAGCAGCAGCAACAACAGCGGCAGAACUAUCAGUAAUAGUGAUUUCACCAACACCACCACCACCGUUGCCGCCGCCACCGCCGAAUCCAUUACAGCCAUCGAUAAUGAUGAUGAUGAUGAUGAUGAUGAUGAUGAUUGUUAUUAUUAUUAUCAUCGUUACGGUCGUCUUCGAGGCAGAAGGAGCGAUGGUGGAGGCGAGGCGGUUUCCGGUACAGAAUCUGGGGUCGAACUUCAUCGGAACUCGCAUCUAGUCGGGGCCAAGAAUAUAGCUUUUGUGGAUUCGUACUUUAAAUUCAUUGAUGACGACAAAGAUGGCGACGACGACGAGGAUGAGGAGGAAGAGGUGGAGGAAGAGGCGGAGGAAGAGGAACGAGAGGAAGAAGAAAAGGAAGAGCGAAAGGAAGAGGCGGAACUUGAAGAGCACAAUGGCGACCACGGCGGCGGCGGCGGUGGCAGAGACGAUGACGACGAUGACGACGGCGAAACAAGAGCCGAAGAGGUAGGAGGAAACUUUUGCGUGAAAGAAAGUGUGAGAGGAGAAUUAAGAGGAGGAGGUGGAGGACGAGGAGAGGAAGGAGGAGGAGGUGGAGUAAAGAAGCCUGGUGUAAAAAAAGGAAAGAGAGAAGAAACGAAGGCUGGUAAUGAAAGUAGCGGGGUAGAUGCUGCUGAUGGUGGUGAUGGUGUUGGUGUUGGUGGUGGUGAUGGUGAUGGUGAUGGUGGUGGAGGUAGUAGAGCCGGGAGUAGUGAUGGUGGUGUUGGCGUUGGUGCUGGCGGUUUAGGAGGAGGUAGAAGAAGAAAGAAAAACGGAGAAGGAGAAAGCGGACUGCUUGUUGAAGGAGGUGGAGGAGGAGGAGGAGGAGGAGGAGGAAGAAGAAGAAGAGACGCGAGCGAAGGAAAAGCAACAGCAGGACUGACCGGACGAGAAACAACAGGAGGAGGAGGAGAGUUCAAUGGUCGAAGUGGUGGAGGGAGUCGACGGCGGAGGGGGAAAGGGAAACGAAAGGAAGAGCCGGUGGUAGGAGGAACAGCAGGAAAAAAGCGAGGAGGACGAGAAGAAAGAAGAGAAACUGUGGUAUUUGUGAAGGAGGAAAAAAGACGAGACGUAGAAGAGGAUAAAGAAGAACAACUACGACAACAACAAGAAUUUGGAGACGAAUUGCAUAAUUUUUGCAAAUGGCCGACGAGUUACGAGAACGAGCGCAACACACGCGAGAUUAACGAUUUUUCUCGGCGCGACGAAAUUUCUUUCCCCCUCAGGGAAAUGGCGGUGACGAACAGUGGCCAUACGGAGAGUACUACAACCACUGCUACCACUACUACCUCGACUAAUAUUAAUACUGCUGCUAAUUAUAAUAAUAGUAACGGUGGUAGUGGAGGCUGUGAGCUUGAUGGCAGUCAUUGGGGACAAAACUGCGAUUCGAUCGAAGAUGUUGUCGAUCAUUCACGGAAGUUCACUUCCACAUCCAUGCCAACGGUUGCGAGAAACGUCACCGAACGCGAAUGGUCCCUGGUGGAUUCCUUCAGUGGAUUCGAACGUUUCCAGAUGAACCCUUUUGUUAAACACGAGGUAACUUUGCUGAACCCUUUCUCCGAAGAUGCACGAGUACAUCCUCCACCAGACACUUUCAGUGAAAGCAAGCUCCCUCUAACGGAUUCCUUUGCCGGACAAGAAUAUCCUCUAACGGAUACAACCGCCGAACAACCACGGAACAGUUUCACAGAAACCGGUAGUGGCUUCGCUGUUUUUAUUGGCGGUGCAAAUGAAGGCGUAGUCACCAGUGGCGACGGUGGAGAACUUCAAGAUGGCGUCUCUCGUAAGGAAUACAGCAGCACCGUCUACAGUAGCAGCAAUAAUAACGAUUUUACUAGCUGCAGUGGCGAACCCUACAGCAAUUAUAACACUAGUAUCAACAUCUACAUUGACAACGGCAGCAACAACAAGAACAGUAGCAGCAUUAGUAAAAAUAGAUUAAGUUCUGACGAAACUACCUAUUCUGGAAGUGAUUUGGCUAAUUUGGAAUCGGACACCAAUGCAACUGGAAACCGCGGCGUCCGAUCACUAGACCAACUUGACCAGUACGAUACCCACCUUUCUGACGAUCACCACCAUCACCACCAACAACAACAGCAACAUCAACAACAGUUCGACCGUUAUGGUUUCGAACGCUGCGCCGAAAAUCGACAGGACGGUCGUUUCUCGGAAGAAGCAGCGAUGUCGACUGACGGAAAACAAAAUGGCGAAAGUUCGCUGAAACGCUUCGAUGGGGAAAAAUGCGCUGAAGCUGCUGUUCACUGCACAACUAAAACUGCCUUCGGGGUCAUGUGUAAAGAAAACACUAAUGAUAUGCAAGACAAUGACUAUCAACACAGCCACCACGAUAAUGAUGGCAGCAGCUGUCUACCCCGAUAUUCCGGAAGUGACAACUUAUAUCUCGGAAAUAAUAAUAAUAAUAAUAAUAAUAAUAAUAAUAAUAAUAAUAAUAAUAAUAAUAAUAAUAUGUCUGGUAUUAACACUGUUUAUCCAGGAAGUGACACGACUAAUGAAGGAAGUAAUAUGUUCAUUGGAAAUGAUAAAUCAUAUACCGGAACUGAAAAUAUGUACACCGGAAAUAAUGAAGUUAUGUAUUCUGGAAGUGAGGCAAUGUACACUAAACAGGACACUAUCAAUCUCGGAAGUGAUUCUGCGUAUUCAGGAAGUAAUAUGUUGUCUGCGAGCGACAAUUUAUAUACCGGAAGAAAUAUCUUCUCCGAAAUUGACGCCACCUAUUCCGGAAGUAGUAACAUGUACUCUGAAAAAGACAAAAAUCACAGCGGAAGUGACAAUAUAUAUACUGGAUAUGAAAAUAUAUUCACCGGAUGUGACAAUCUCGAUGACAUCCCGGAAGAAGAAGAUAAUGGACAGUACCCGGAUGAAAGGUGGAGGCAGAGGGUUGAAAACGAGGCUGCGGACUGUAGUGCAAACAUCGUUUGCUCAGGAGAUGUUUGCACAUUCGGUUAUAUGAAGGAAAACUGGACAGACAAAAUGUCCACCCUUUCUGACAUGACCUGCCGGCAAGGUGGCGCUAGUGGUGACAGCUGUGUCGAGGCCGACGACACGGUCACGUGUGGUAAUAGUACUGUUGGUUUCAGCGAUAGUGAUAAAGUUGUACCCCGGUACCUAAGACAGACUAGUAUCACGACUCCCGAGUACCAUUCUCUCGAAGAAGGAGCCAGCGGAGUAGAGAGAAAUUAUGAACCAACCGGAAGUUGUUAUAGCGGUUUCUUAGACGUCACGAGUUAUACCUGCGACAAAGGUUCCCGAUUGGAUGGCGACGGAAAAGAGGCCGAUGAAUUCGACACCACCACCGGGUUCGGCGCCGGACAGGAUGCAAAGGGUCGUUGCGAAAAUGAAAGUAGAGACGUCACCGGUUACGAUGUGAAUGCUGAGCAUAGUAAAAGCGGAAGUAUCGGUGCUGUGACAGGAUAUAAACUGGAAGCGGAAGUUGCAGAUUUUGCUGCAGGGAUGAAUAGCAAGAGCUGUGAUAACGGAAAUGACUAUUACAUGCAUCACAUGACCGGCUACCGAGGAAACGUUGGAGAUGGCGAGGAUCACCGUCGGGGCGGAGACGCCGUUGGUUCCAAUGUUAUAGGACGUGCAUUGAGCAUGUACAGUGGUUGCAACGACGCUACGGACGGAGACGGACAUCCUGUAAAUCGAGAUGGUCACAGAAUCACAGAACGACGACCGGAAGGAGAGGGUACUGGUUACAAAGAACAUGGUGACGACGGACCGAUCGGCUACUCCAGACAAAAUACCACUAACACGGCGUUGUCUAACCCUUUAGAUAUGCCGUCUUCUCUUGAGGGAGAGCUCGACUUGUGUCCCUUACAACAGACAGGGAAGUACACACGACUCACUACCGAAGGCAACAACACUUCGAACAAUCGUUACGAUGAAGAAGUCACUGGCUACUCGGUCGAACGUUGCAUUGCUUAUACAGGCGAUAUGUCUGCUGCCUCCGCUAGCGGAGAGGUUAAUGGGACGGACAAAGAUCGUAGUUACUCUGAUUUAACGGAAGACAGCGACUAUACACUGUUUACAAGUAUCUCCUACAAAGAUAUGGAUUAUCCGGUGAUCGAGGAAAACAUUGAACCAACAGAAGGAUGUCCCUGUACGAGAUCGAAUUUGGUGAAAGGCAGGAAAGUAUGCGGGCAUUCAGACGAUGAUUCAAAAAAUGUUACUACAGAUAUUUCCACAGUUUGUGCGAAGAAAGACUUUAUGCGAGACGAGAUGGAAGAUAAAGAGUUGCCCGAAUACGUUGUUUUAGGAUUUACUGGAGUUGAAGAUUUGGAAACGAUAAAGAGAGAAGAUGUAAACCCGGUUUAUGGGUCCAACAUGAACAAUUCUGUUAAUAAUCGAAGCGUCUUCGAGUUCAAUAGACGCAAUCUGCAAGGCUCUGAGUUUUCCGAGACGGACGAAUUUGUGAAGGGUAAAGAUUCAAUAUCUAAUGCGGCACUUCAAAUUCAUAAAUCUCAUUCUGUAAAUUCUGUGAAUUUUGAAGGCGCUGCUACUCCGAGUACUUCGUUCGAAUUUGAAGAAGAUACCGUCCAUGAAUUCUCCGAUUGUGACGUAGCUCACGUGACUUGUGACAUCAUUGAAAAUGGCGGGGAAGCUAACAAGAGGAAUGACAGUUUAACUGAAGAACUCUACUGCUCAAAGUCGUAUGUAGAGGAACCAGAAAAGAAGUGUACGGUCACAAAAUACGCAGCUAAUCUUUGCGAAGAGACUAAUACGAGGAGGUUGACGAAAAACGGGGAAGAGAUAAACACUGAAAGUGAAGAAAUCCUUGAGAGCUACGUCAACGUCGUUUUACCAACGGAGAGAAAAGCUAGACAUUUUAACAGUGACGCAAGCGAGGACGAAGGAAUUAUCUUGGAAAAUAACUGCAAUAAUCUUGAAAAAUACGACGAGAAUAUCGUUGAAAAGGAAAAUAACACGAGUUUGUGCAUAGUCGAUUCUGUCGACAAAGGUCUCAACUGGAAAUUUGAAGAAGACAAAAUGGCGAAUAGUAUUAUAGAUACUUAUGAGUCUUGUUUCAAUCGCGGUGAAAUGUCCCCCGUUUUGGAAAUCACUGAAAAUACUGAUCGUUCUUUCUCUGAUUUCAAAAUUUUGAACAAACAAGACGAAGAUUUAAGUGACAACACGAACGAUGACCAGAAUCGAGAUCAGGAACGGGACGAAAGUGGUGAAGGUCUUGGUGAUGUCUGCAACACAACGGAUGAAGAAAUGCAGAGAGAGUGGCAGCUGGAAAACACACUGUCAUCUGAACAAAAUAGAUAUUCCCCAGAAACGACCAUCACCGACGAACCGAAAACAGAUUGUCAACGUUAUGAAGAUUCUUCAUUGAAACCCGAGGAAACCAUAGAUUUCCAAACGGCUUUAGCUUUAACUAUUAAGGAAGAGAAAAUCAGCGACGAUCAACUCGAGUCGAUGCAAUCCUUGAGUUGUUCGAUCCUGGAAACUGGAUUUCACCGCAACUGGACCGGACCCGAAGAACCAGACGAACACAACAAGCAACAUGAAAAUAAAAGCUACAUGGGUGAAGGAGACAACUUUGUUAUGGAGGCUCUUUCUGAGUCAACCGGAAAUUUCGUCAAACGUGUCGCUGGUGAUCAUAAAACACCCCCGUCAUGCGAAACACGUAUCGGCGACUCCGAACCCUCGGUCGAGGUGGAAGCCGACGGAGGUAAGACCGACGAAACCACGCCAAGGACGGAUUGCACCACGCUAUCGCGUAUUGAGCAAUUAAAACGUGAAGCGGGUGUUGGAACCCCGAAAAAAGCUGCCGACCACGAGGACAGUGACCAAACGCCUCUCAUCACCAGUGAGUGGCCACCAGCUGACAACAACAAAGAAACAGAGGAUCGUGAGGAUUCCGGUGUCUGGACAGUAGACACAGAGGUUGAGGACAACUUAGACUCCGACACCAUGCCGUUCUUCAAGAAGAAGACUCCCCCCAAACAAACCAAGGAGGAGACACCCCCGCCAGCACCCGCUCCUGCCGAGGAAUCAAUUCCAGCCAAUGGCGGUUCAGUACCAGCAGAAAGCAUCCCCUACUCUAACAAUUCGGCCGAGCCUGUGAUUAACAAAACUGGCGAUCAAGAGCAAGUUGCGCUGAACACACUGGCUCAGGAGUCCAAGAAAGCCGAAACAGCAGAAGAGAAAGCGACAAAGCAAGAUGCCGUCGACGGAGGGUCAGACUCGCUUCCAGCAAAAAUCCAGAUUGACUUCAUUGAAGAUGACUUGAUCAGCAACGCCUCAAGCGUGGACAUAUUUAACAUUGAGGACGAACUAGAAGACUUCAAGGUGAACGGAGACGCCACCCAAUCUGAAGAAAAUGGGAAAAUGUCUGACAACGUCACAAAGGACUCAAGCGGUGAAAACGUAGCAGUGUCAGAGCAACCGACAAAGAAAACUGUCAUAGAGUCGUCACCGCUUAUCGAAAAAGAUAGCAAGGUCCGAGAUUCUCAGCCCGGUCUUCUCUGUUGUACCAUCAUUUAACAAGUGAGGAACGUUGUCAAAGUUUAAAAGAAACACGGGGGAGAUAAAGCUGUGGGAUGAUAUCGUUCUGUUUUUAAUAACCCACCAUUGUAUUCUGUCUCCCUCUGUUGGCAGAGGUAAAAAAAAAGCUCUUUUUCUGCUGUUGUUUUCUCGUUCUUCUUUGUUUUUCUUGUUCUUAAAAUUUAUCAUUAUUACUAUUAUCAUUACUAUUAUUAGUAUUUUUAUUUUUUCCUUCGGUAUUCGUUUAAGUUUUGAACCACAAACUUAGACACGCAUGCGCGUACGUUAUUCGCUUCAAUAAUAAUAAUAAUAAUAAUUUCUCAAUAUAUUUUUCUACUAUAUAUAUAUAAAUAUAUACAUAUAUUUUAAUAUCAUGAAUUUGGAACUUAAACGCAUGCGACGCAACCAUUUAUCUAUGAUAUCCAGCUAAGCCUUCUCUCUGUUACAUAAUCCGAUAUUUUUUAUCGAUAUAUUACGAUUUGUGUUUUGCAACAAUAUAUUUUUACCAAUAUAUAUAUGUGUAUAUAUAUAUAUAUAUAUAUAUAUAUAUUGUGAUUUGCGUUACACAAGAUAUAGCAUGUUCGCUUUUUUCCCCGCUUGGGAAUGGACGAAUGCAGACAUAUGUAUUUAUAUAAAGAGAGAGAAGAAUAAGAAAACACUGAAUGAGUUAAUAUCCUGAUAAUUAACAGUGAUACUCCAGCAUUGCCUGAUUGGCUGAAAAAAAAAUAAACAAAACAAAACAGUUAAAUAUUGAAUAAUUGAUUCCACAAAAAUUAAAGAGUCUUUAUUUUCGAGAUGAAAUUUUAAUUUUAAAAAUUCUUGUGUUUCUUCUAUCCAUUCAGAUUCUUUGGUUUAAUUCUCCUUAGAUUUUUUCUGUUAAGGUUUUUAUUAAAAUUUUGGUUCAAAACUUAAGGUUUACCCAUAGAUUAUUUAACGUUAUUCUUUUAAUAUAUUGUUUAUAUUCUUUAUUAUUUUUUUUUCUUCAUUUCAAUUUUGUUGUUGGCAAAUGAUGUGCAAAAAAAAAGAUUUUUCUAGAUUUUAUGAGCAUAUUGUAACUAAAAACUAAUUUAACCAUAAUCCCCUCCCAUGAAAAAAUACAAAAAAACUGCAAGAGAAUUGUAAAAAAUGUAAAAAAAAA